AUGGGGACUAAAGGUAGAGAAAUGGAUAUUUGGAAUAGUUUAACCUCUGUUUGUGAUGAGGAAAAGCAACAACAACAACAAACACAAAUGCCUGAUAACCCUUCAUACACUAGAGAUUCUCAAGACAAUAAAAGUAUUGACGCUGAAAAUAAAAAUGAGUACAUUUUGAACAAUGAUCAACAAAGCGUUGUUUCUAUAGACGCAAAUACUAGCAAUCUUGAUCUAGAAAUUCAACUAAAACCCCCUAUUGAGCCUUUUUUUAAGAAAACCAGAGUUACAAAAUUCUAUAUAUUUAUUAAGACCAUCAAAUAUUUUACAUGGUUGAUUGCAGUUUUGAUGUCUGCCAAAGUGAUUUUCGGCUUGUGUUAUAAUUAUGGAUAUUUUAGCAACAACCAUAAAGUUGUGGACAAUAUAAAGAUGCCAUGCCAGAAUCUCUCCCAACAAUGGGCUAAACCCUUACAACUUGACCAUGGUUACUCCGAGUCUUUUGAAAUUACUAUAGAAGAAGAACCAUCCCCCAGCCCAGUAUACACUCAAAACUUGUUGACAUAUAAUUUUGGAAAUUCUUGGGGUAAACCUGCCAAAUUCAAAGUCGUUCCAUGGGAGAAUACUACUGCUUACAACACUAUUUAUCUAGAAUUGAAAACGUUUGUUAAUGGUACCCAAUACGACAGAUUGUUACACGUUUUCAUUAAUAAUAUAACAAUAUGGAGGAGCUCAACCGUUGAACCAUUUAAUAGAACUGAUAUCCAUAGUAGAAGUGUUAAAGACAUUACAAAGUAUAUAAAAUUAUUCAAAAAUAACAAAGAGCUAGAGAUGGUCUUUCAAUUAGACAAUAUAGUGACAGCAAAGUUGGAUGGUGUGUUUUCUGUUGAGUUGAAUGUAAACUAUUACAAUUUAACAAAAGAAAAUUAUGAUGAACAAACUACUGAGUCUGAAAAGUUUUUAAAGGAUGUUUUAUUGGAUCAUGUUAAUCCUUACUCUUCACCUGAUUUUUUAGAACCCUUGAUCUCUACACAAAGAAUAACGCCGCUAUUAUAUUAUCCACACACUCAAAUCCAAAGGCCUUAUUCACAUUCUUUGAAACCAUUCAUUGAAUCGUUAGACCCUAAGGAUACAAUAAAGAUUUCAGCCGAGGUAUUUUUGAAUGGCAAUGCCGCAGAAGAGUUUUGGUACUCUAAUGUUUUGGAUAAAUAUGCAGGCAGAUUUUCUAAACAGGGACAUGAAUUAUUAGGCCAUGGUCCUAUGAGAACUUUGAAUGUCUAUUUGACUACUGAACCUCCAAAUAAAAGUUUGAAAAGUGAUAAGGGUCAAAAUCCAAGAAAAUUAAUUCAUUCUGUCAUUCCAAAUCCAACCAUUUUUACAGGUGGUAUUUCGCCGCCACUUUGGAAGCCUGUUGUUAGUAUUGGUACCUUUGAUUUGACACCGAUUCUUAUUGACUUAACACCAUACAUGAAUGAAUUGUUAUUUAACUCUGAGAAAGAGUGGUUUUUAGAAUUCGAAAUUGCUAGCAGCUUUGAUACUGAUUCAUACAAAGAGACCAUUGGUGAAAAUUGGAUUUUGAGCGGCAAUUUAAUGGCUUGGUGUGGCGAUACUGGGAAACACCCAUUAAAGUAUCUCUACGAAAUUGAUUCUAAUCAGAAUUCUAUGUUCAAAGUUAAAGCAAAAGACGAUGAACCUGAUGAAUUAGAACAAAGGGUUGAGUCAAAUUCGAGUUUGCUUACCGUCCACAGAAUUCAGUACAAAGAUACAGAGUAUUUUUUGAAUACCAAGUUUCAUAAUCUUCUUAUCAACACCCAAGUUUAUAAAAAAUACGGUGAUCAUCAAAGCAACCAUGUUUUACUUGUCACUGGGACUGAAUUUGAGGUUAUAGACACAGAAACAGAUCAAAUUGUUUUUCUCGGUUCAGAUGAUUCAAAUUGGGCACUCGAAACAACAAUAAACACUAUUGAGGUUGAUGAGUCUGCUUCUGAGCUAACUUACAAGUCCAAUAUCAGUUUGAACUAUAAGAGGAAUGUUUCUUUGUUAAGUUGUGAUAGUGAGGAUAAUGUUAAUUUAUACAAUUUGCAAGCCACUCAAAUCGGUGACUCAGUGUACACUUUAUCUCCCUCUUCAAAUUAUGGUAGCGGUAAUAGUAUUCACUCCGUCGAGGUUGAUAGAACCUGGCCUUGGCAAAGAAAGUACAAUAGGGUUGUAAUUGUAAAAGACAAUAAGGCCAUUGUUGAUGUUCGAACGUAA